CCGCCGCGGAACUCGGUGACUCGCUGCGUAAAAAGAAAGUUAUCCGUCUCCUCGCGAAGUGGCAUCUGGGGCUGAAAAGAAGAGGUGGCGGCCGAGUAAGCCCCCUUGCUCCCGCCCUCUCCUCUGGAACAAAGGCGCCGACAAUUCUGCUUUGCCCUCGCCGGAGAGAUGGCGUCGUUCAACUUCGGGGGGCUCAACGCCGCUUCUCGGAGGAAGAGCAUUUAUGCCCGCAACGCAACCGUUGAGAGACGAAAUCUCAUUACCGUCUGCAGGUUUUCUAUAAAGACACUGAUUGAUCGCUCAUGCUUCGAGACUAUUGAUGAUUCUUAUCCUGAAUUCAAUAAUUUUGCAGCUAUUUUGGAACAAAUUCUAAGCCAUCGGCUCAAAGGUCAAAUCUCUUGGUUUGGUUAUGAAAGCCCUCGUACUUUCUGGGAUUAUAUUAAGGUGGCUUGUCGCAAAAUUUCAUAUAACUGCAUUUGUAGCAUUGAGAAUAUGGAAAAUGUUGCCUCUUCAAGAGCUAGGGGAAGAGCUUGGAUUAGAGUAGCACUUAUGGAAAAACACUUGUCUGAAUAUAUUUCGGCAGCUUUGAGAGAUUUCAAAACAACCAGACGAUUCUAUGAAGAUGGAGCAAUUGUAUUGGGAGAAGAAGCAAACAUGCUAGCUGGCAUGCUGCUUGGACUCAAUGCUAUUGAUUUCAGCUUCUGCCUCAAAGGUGAAGCUUUGGAUGGCAACUAUCCAGCUGUGAUAGAUUAUACACCAUAUCUGAAAUUCACCCAAAGUUCUGACAGCAUCAGUAGUGAUGAGGAAGAGCUAAGAACACUGGGCAGUAGUGGUAGUGAAAGCAGUACUCCAGAAAACAUUGGUCCUCCUUUCAGCAUGGAUGAGAAUAGCUGGUACAACAAGUGCAAACGGGUUGAACAGAAAUACCUUCUCACUCUGGAACAAAAGGGUUAUCUAGAAGAACUAGUACGCCUCAGAGAGACUCAGCUGGCUGAAUCCAUCUCUCAGAAGAAGGCCUUGCAGCAGAAGAUAGAAACUAUGAAUCUGGCUCAUAAAAUGGAAAAGGAACAACUUGAGUACAUCAUUGUGGAACUGCAGGAUCAGCUAACUGUGCUAAAGAAUAAUGAUUUAAGAUCAAGACAAGAAUUAACUACCCAUCUCACCAAUCAGUGGCCUUCCCCAGGAGUUCUGGAUGUUAAUGCUGUUGCCUUGGAUACGCUGCUUUAUGGAAAGCAAAAUAAGCAAUGGGAUGAAAAGAGUUAUCACAGCCUGGACCAGCUCUCUGCUGAUGUAAGCUUUUCUCAGACAUCCCUGGAUCCAGGUAAUCCACCUGAUGCAGAUGGGAAGCAAGAUGGACUAAAUUUACUUAGUGAAGGAAAAGAAGAUACUCCUUCAUUACUUGGCCUUUGUGGUUCUUUGACAUCAGUUGCAAGUUACAAAUCUCUCACCAGCCUGAAAUCAAGUGAAUGUCUUGCAAGUCCUACAACAGAGAUAACAAGUCCUGGACUAACACCUUCUUGAACAAGUCUAAACAGAAAGAAGCUUUUGUGUCUGCAUUCAAUUGGCAUUUCUUAAUUUAUCAUUAAGACUUAUAAAAUGUCAACUCAAUUUUUUAAAAAUGCUUUCUUUUUUGUUUCCAUAAAUCUAAAAAACUGUUUUUGAAAACAAAAAUACACAUCAACUCCAUAACAAUAUUCAUGUUUUCAACAAACAAUUAAGACUAAAAUCCAGUAUAAAGGAAAACUAUUCUUAAUCACUAGAUUCAAUCUGCAAGGAAAAUAUUACAAUUAAUAGUAGUUCAUUCUAAAACCUCUAAGAAAAUAUGACACUAGAUUUUCAUAUAAAUGCUUUAAGUAUUUUGCAAUUUUUUGAUUAAAUCUAUUUUUUGCUAUUUAUUCUGUAAUAAAAUUUUAAAAUGAGGGCCAAAUAGCUAUGAUAACAGUAAACUUUAUUUAAUUUUUGAAGCUUUGCAAUUUAAACUUUGAAGUGCAAUUCUAUUUAGUAAGAGUUUAUUUUCCAGCAUUACUAGCAAUGGUUGAGUAUAUUAAUACGAUCUUGUGUAAAACAUUCAUACUUACAGGGACCUCUAAUUUUGAGGACUAUGAGGAAAUGCUUUAUUGUGCCAAAGAAGUUCUGUACAUUGUUUACUAGUGUACUGCAACAUGUGGGUAUCUACAAGUGCAGAAAUUUAAUUGUCAGAGUGACUACUACUAAUUUAAACAAAUGACGUGCCUCCAGUAAGACUUGCUUUGAAAAACAAAUAAGAUAGGGAAGCACAUUACUCAAAAUCUUGUAUUAGUAAGUUUACUGUGUUAACGUAUGUGGUGAGCUAACUUUUUAAAUGAAAUAGCUCCUGCUUUGUCAAAUGACAUACCGUAUUUUUCAGAAUAUAAGAUGCACCUUUCCCCCCCCAAAAAAGGAUGAAAAUCUGGGUACAUCUUAUACUCCAAAUGUAGCCCUGCCAGCCUCUCAAACGGAGGUUUCAGAGGCUGAAAAAAGCCUCCGAAAUGAAGUUUCAGAAAAAAGCCUCCAAACAGAGCUUCAGGAAAAAAGCCUCUGAAACAAAAGUUUCAGAGGCUUUUCUGAAGCUUUGUUUCGGACGCUUUCAGAGGCAGAAAAAAAAGUUUUUUCUGAAACAAAGUUUCAGAGGCUGAAAAAAAAAGCAAGGCAAACCUGUUGCUAAAAUUCACCUCUGGGAACAGCUGAUUGGGGGUAUUCCAGGAGGCCAAUCCAACCGCCAAUCAUCUUUUUUCUUAUUUUCUUCCCCCAAAACUAAGGUGCAUCUUAUACUCUGAUGUGUCUUACACUCCGAAAAAUACGGUAUACUAGCUACCUGAUAAUUUAAUGCAUGUUAUCUCUUGUGAAAUUAAUAUCUUUUAAGAACAUAAUGAGAAAUAUAACGUAGACUAACACUAACAAGCUUGUAUGUAAAAUCCAGUAUGGUCCAGUAAGUUGUUGAUCUAGAACAGUUAUGUUUUUAUAAUAGUUGAUGACUGAUUGGAAUAGAUGGAUGAAAAAUUUUAAUGUAUGUAUGAAAAAAAACAAUUGAAUCAAUGCUUGUGCAUGAAGAGAGUGUCUUGAAUUUGAAAACUUGCCAAGCUUUCAGAAUGAAAAAUUAUGCAAAUGUGUUGAGUUGUUGUAUCGACAUUGCAGAUACAUUAAACAUUUUGUACCACUGCUA